GUUACCUUUCUUUCAAGCCCUCGGGUUGUCAGCGAGCGCUCGAAAGAAAGAGGAGCAAGAGAAUCGAAUCGGUCUGUGAUAAAUGCCUUCUAUGCUGUUUUAGUUCAUCUACUGCUCAAUUCUGAAGUCUGAGCCAAUGCAAUGAGCGACAGAAGUUGCAAUCUGAAUUCUACAUCUGGAGGAAGAUCGAACCUUUCAUCAACACUCUGUUCUCGUACUCGAAUUCAGGAAAUGCUUAUCAUCAUCACAUCGUUUGGGAAUUUUGUUUGAUGAUGCUCGAGUAAUAUCUUUACGGGCAGAGAGAAGGAAGUCACCGCGCCCCUCUCCGCUCUGGUCGACACCGAUGCCUUGCUUUCGGCCCAUGCGAAUGAAUGCGUCGCGUCCCAUCCCACGAAGCCAAGUAUAGUCAUUAAAAACAUUUGAUAUAUGGAGGAAAAGCUAUUCCCAGCUUGGUCUUGGUCCGUGGAGCGGUGCCUGAAGGAGUACAAUGUCAAAUUGAGCAAGGGUUUAAGCUCCUUUGAAGCUGAGACACGGCGGGAGAGGUAUGGGUGGAACGAACUCAAGAAAGAGAAGGGAAAGCCUUUGUGGUUUCUCAUCUUAGAACAGUUCGAUGAUGUGCUUGUCAAGAUCCUACUGAUUGCGGCCUUUAUAUCUUUUACACUAGCCUACCUGGAGGGAAAUGAAUCUGGCCACACUGGGCUUGAGGUGUAUGUGGAACCUGUUGUUAUCCUUUUGAUUCUUAUGCUCAAUGCAAUUGUGGGUGUCUGGCAGGAGACUAGUGCUGGAAAGGCUCUUGAAGCCCUGAAGAACAUGCAGUGUGAAUAUGCCAAGGUUCGCAGAGAUGGACGCUGUGUUCCCGACUUGCCUGCUCGAGAGCUAGUUCCAGGGGAUAUCGUGGAGUUGAGGGUUGGAGAUAAGGUCCCUUCCGACAUGAGAAUAGCAACUCUGACUAUGUCGACUUUGAGGGUUGAGCAGAGUUCAUUGACCGGGGAGAGCAUGCCUGUGCUCAAAGGAACAAGCCCUGGUUUUGUAGAUGAUUGUGAAUUGCAAGCAAAAGAUUGCAUGCUGUUUGCAGGAACAACUAUUGUCAAUGGUAGCUGUAUUUGUAUAGUCACUAGCAUCGGAAUGGACACUGAAAUAGGAAAGAUUCAGACUCAAAUCAGUGAAGCUUCACAGGAGGAACAAGACACACCCCUGACAGAGAAGCUCAAUGAGUUUGGUGAAAGGCUAACUACUGCAAUUGGAACAGUUUGCUUGAUAGUUUGGGUCAUCAACUAUCAAAAUUUUAUCACUUGGGACAACUCAAAUACAUCAGUGUGGAAUUUUCACUUUUCUUUUGAGAAAUGUACCUAUCAUUUCAAGAUAGCAGUGGCACUUGCAGUGGCAGCUAUUCCUGAAGGUCUUCCAGCUGUAAUCACAACCUGUUUAGCUUUGGGUACAAGGAAGAUGGCUCAAAAGCAUGCAAUAGUUAGGAAGCUUCCAAGCGUGGAGACACUAGGAUGUACAACUGUAAUAUGCUCAGAUAAGACUGGAACUCUUACAACCAACCAGAUGUCUGUGAAUGAAUUUCUUACCCUAGGUAAGAAGCUCUACACUACUCGAGUGUUUCGUGUAGAUGGUACAACAUACAACCCCAAGGAUGGAGGAAUCAUUGGCUGGAGCAAGUGCAACAUGGAUGAUAGCUUGCAGACUUUGGCAGAGAUAUGUGCUGUUUGCAAUGAUGCUGGACUUUAUCGUGAAGGUUAUCUUUUCCGAGCUAUCGGUUUGCCUACUGAGGCAGCUCUCAAGGUACUGGUUGAGAAGAUGGGACUUCCAGAUGCAAAGGCAAGGAGCAGAAUUCAUGAUGCAGAGUUUGCUUCUGACUUUUCCAUCAACCAUACUACUGUAAAAUUAGGCUGUUGUGAAUGGUGGAUAAAGAGAUCAAAAAGGAUUGCAGCAUUGGAGUUUGACCGAGUGCGUAAGUCUAUGAGUGUUAUUGUCCGUGAAUCAACUGGAAGUAACCGUCUUCUUGUCAAGGGUGCUUUCGAAAGUGUUUUAGAGAGGAGUUCUCAUGUUCAGCUUCCAGAUGGAUCAUUUGCUCUACUGGAUGAGGCAUGUAAACAAUUAAUAAUGUCGAAUGUACAUGAGAUGAGUUCGAAGGGAUUAAGAUGUUUGGGAUUUGCAUUUAAAGACGACUUGGGAGAGUUCUCUGACUACAAUUCAGAAACUCAUCCUGCUCACAAGUGGUUGCUUGAUCCUGUUAACUACUCUGAAAUUGAAAGUAAUCUAAUUUUUGUUGGAGUUGUUGGUCUGAGGGACCCUCCUCGUGAUGAAGUUCAUAAGGCCAUUGAAGAUUGUAACUGUGCAGGUAUUAAAGUUAUGGUCAUUACUGGUGAUAACAAGUCCACAGCAGAGGCAGUAUGCCAGGAAAUUGGGUUGUUUCUGGACAAAACAAGCCUCAAAGGAAAAAGUUUUACUGGCAAAGAGUUCACGGCUCUUCCAGUUAGCAAACAAAUAGAAAUUUUGUCAAAACCUGGAGGUAUAGUUUUCUCACGUGCCGAGCCUAGGCAUAAGCAAGAUAUUGUGCGGCUACUGAAGGACAUGGGUGAGAUAGUUGCAAUGACUGGAGAUGGUGUCAAUGAUGCACCUGCACUAAAGCUAGCUGAUAUUGGUAUCUCUAUGGGUAUAACAGGAACCGAGGUAGCAAAGCAAGCUGCUGAUAUGGUUUUGGCAGAUGAUAAUUUCAGUACGAUUGUCUCAGCUGUUGCAGAAGGUCGUGCUAUAUACAACAACAUGAAAUCUUUUAUCAGGUAUAUGAUUUCAUCUAAUGUGGGAGAAGUGAUAUCCAUUUUUCUGACUGCUGCACUUGGCAUACCUGAAUGCCUAAUACCGGUUCAGCUUCUUUGGGUCAAUCUGGUCACAGAUGGGCCUCCUGCAACAGCUCUGGGUUUUAACCCUGCUGAUGUUGAUAUUAUGCAGAAACCACCCCGCAAGAGCAAUGAUGCUCUUAUCAAUUCUUGGGUUCUUUUCCGUUAUAUGGUGAUCGGUUCAUAUGUUGGCUUAGCAACUGUUGGUGUCUUUGUCAUGUGGUACACACAGCCAUCCUUCAUGGGUAUAGAUCUUGCAAGUGACGGCCACACAAUCAUCUCCUUGGCUGAACUCCGCUCAUGGGGACAAUGCUCCUCAUGGACCGAUUUCUUGCCUAAUCCGUUCUUGGCUGGUGAUCGUGAAAUAUCUUUGGCAGAUCCCUGUGACUACUUCACUGUUGGGAAAGUUAAGGCAAUGACCUUAUCACUAUCUGUUUUAGUAGCAAUUGAGAUGUUCAAUUCUCUCAAUGCCCUUUCAGAAGACAAUAGCUUAAUUCAGAUGCCGCCAUGGAGGAAUCCUUGGCUCCUUCUUGCGAUGCUGGUUUCAUUUGGCCUGCAUUUUGUCAUUCUUUAUGUCCCCUUUUUGGCAAGUAUUUUUGGCAUUGUUCCAUUGAGCCUGAACGAGUGGCUUCUGGUUAUCUUAGUUUCUGCGCCUGUGGUGCUAAUUGAUGAAGUUCUGAAGUUCAUCAGCAGGAAGCAGUGCUGGAUUGAUGAUCAUAAGCAGAAGAUGGCAUAGAUUGUUGCUUUGAACUUGAAGGUCCAAGGUUUGAGAGAUUGUUGCUAGUUUUACAGAUAUCGAUAAAGUUGUAUAGUAGGAUUUUUAUUGGAAAUCGACCAGUAUUAGUCCUUUGGAAACCAUCAGAUGAAAAAAUUUUCAUUUCUCAAUGUCUUUGUAUUGCCUUCUAUCACAUACGGAUGCAUCUAUAGCUGAAAGUUUGUAUGAUGAUCAAUGUGUUGUAUUCCUCAA